AUGUCGCUCACCCUCAAACUGUCAUCCCUGGCGAUUCGCACCCUUUCUAAGCCAAUUGCGACCCAUCUCAAAGCCCAAGCUCGUGAACAUGAACGCUUCCGCAAGAUCUGUGUAUCGAUGGCGCAGGCCCUUCAUAAGUUCGAUAUGCGCCUACGACUAGGCUCAAUUCGCGACAACACCGCCUCCCAGCGCCAGGCUGCUGCUGAGAAGGCAGCAAAAAAGCACAUCCCCACAUCUCCGACUGCGAAAACAGAGGCCGAGACCAAAGCAGAGGAGCAGGCAAUAGCCAAAGCCAAAGCUGCAGCGGAGGAAGCGGCAAAGCCCCACAACUAUCGCAUUAGACCUCUGUCUGAGUCAAAAGCAAUUGAGUCAGGUGCAAAUUUCAUUAGCGAAAGUUUCCUUUUCCUCGUGGCGGGCGGGUUGAUCGUUUUCGAAGCAUGGCGAUCCCGUCGGAAAGAAAGCACUCGGCGGGAAGGUGUUGAGGAGCGUCUUGCUGAGUUGGAACAAUCGGAGAAGACGACAAGGGAGGCUUUGGUUGCCCUGGAGAAAGAACUGCUAGCACUACGUGCGGAAAAGUCCAAGUCGACUCAUCGCAUCCUACCGCGGGCAGUGUGGGAACAGGUGCCGGAGCUGGACGAGCCCGAGGUCGAGCAGACCUGGUGGUCUAGUGUCACCUCGUAUUUCACAUUCGGCCAGGAAUCAAAGACACCCGAGCCAACUCCCCAACCGACCCUCCCGCAGACUGCGGCGUCGCAAGACUCGAAAGCGACAGACGCGUCUGUUGAACAGCCCGCUACAUCUGCCCAAAAAAAGAACGCCGGAGCCGAAGACUUCAGCGCUUGUCAUUGUUGA